CAACAAUACUCUCUAUCUCUCUUCUUCGUCUUCUUGCCCUUUAAUUUUACACCAGCUAAACAUAUCAACAUAAGUAUUAUUUCUUCUUUUUCUUUUCUACUCUAUCAAUUCUACUGUACUUAUAUAUCUCUUUGAAUAAAAAAAGAAAACCCUAGCUAGACCAAAGAUUACAGUUCAUUUGUUGUGAAGCCUCUUUUUUUUCUUUUUUCUUUUCUGAUUUGGGUGUCUUGGGGUCAUUGAAUUUUGUGACUGCCAUGGCAGAACUUUUGGGGAUCUGCAUAUAUGGGCUACUUCUUGAAUCAGCUUUCAGGUAGCUGUAUCCAGCCUGCAUCAGAUGUUAUUAACUCACUACACACCAAACACAAACACAACCACAACAACAACAAAAAAACGGCAACCAUUUUGAAGAGACAAACAAAAAACGGCACACAAGUUUCCUCCCCAAGCUGAUAAAAACCCCCACUAACUCAAGAGUAGUGUCAUUUUGAGAGGUCAACAAAAAAUGGGACUCAAAGGUUAUAGCGCUGGAGAUGGAGUAGGAGAGAUAAUAGAGGUUCCAGGCGGUCACAUCAUUCGAGCCACUGGACGCAAAGACCGUCACAGCAAAGUAUUCACAUCGAAGGGUCCACGUGACCGGCGCGUGAGACUCGCAGCUCACACGGCGAUUCAGUUCUACGAUGUGCAAGACCGGUUACAAUAUGACCGGCCAAGCAAAGCCGUGGACUGGCUCAUCAAGAAAGCUAAAGCUGCCAUCGAUAAGCUCGAAACCACCACUCAAGAACCGGAGAAUAAUACUACUAAACCGGGUGGAUCUUCUUCCUCCGAGCCCAACUUGGUUGAUACUCAAACGCAGUUCGUGGCGGCCAAUCUUGAUCCUGAAGACGCAAUGAAAACGUUCUUCCCGGCGACAACUAGCGGUAUGAAUUUCCAAAACUACCCUCAUCAUCAUCAUGAUGCCGACAUUAUAGUCUCAAGAACAGCAACAACAACAACACCGAACCUUAACCAAGAUCUUGGUCUCUCUCUUCACCCAUUCCAAGGAAACAACAUCAGCAACACAGUAGUCCCCGAGACCAACAACUUCUCCUCCACGGCUCAUUUCGAGACAUUCGGGAGAAUCUCUGGAUGGAACCAUCACGACUUAACCAUGACGUCAUCGUCUUCACCAUCCGAACAACAACAACAGCAAGAGCAAGAAAGAGGUAAUGGUGGUUUCAUGGUGAAUCUUCACCAUCAUCAACCAUCGAUGAUGACAUUGCUCAACAGUCAGCAACAACAAGUGUUUCUUGGUGGCCAACAACAACAACGGGGUACCCUUCAGUCCAGUUUAUUCCCUCACUCGUUUCGUUCUUGGGAUCAUCAUCAUCAAACAACGUCGGACAAUCAUCAUCAUCAUCAUCACAAUCAAGCUUCUCCUGUGAUGUUUGCUUCUUCAUCACAGUAUGGUUCUCAUGGGAUGAUGAUGAUGCAAGGCCUUAGCUUCCCUAUCCAUGGAGAAGAAGCUACUCAACCAAACUCCUCUUCUUCUCCUCCAAACUCACACCUCUAGACACAGAGAAAAGAGUAAGAACCAUGUUGUCAUGAGCAAAAAGGAGGAUUGAUGAGAUGGAAGAAGAGUACGCGAUAUAUUACCAUCUAUGAUCUAUCCAUAUGUUUAUAGAUAUGUGCGUUCAGUUCUUAUGAUCCAAGACUACUACUACUCUCUUUUUAGUAUUUUCAUUAUUCAGUUUUGGUUAUUUGUUUCAUGAUUUUGCAUUGUUCAUCAAGAUUACGUUUGAACUAAAUGAGUUCUAUGUGUGUGUUUCCCUUUAGUAUGCCCUUGUGUCUAGACAUUAAUGCUAUCUCAUUUUUGUUCUACAAGUGAGUGAUAAUUUUC